GGCCCAGUAGCCAUGGAAGAAUUGCUCUCCUGAGGUGUGCUCUUCUGCUUGCUGUUUUUCUUCCCACAUUCACCUCGCCGUCGACGGGGCCAGGCGACCGGACACACCCUUGACGACCGGCGCCGCCCUACUCGCAGCUUCCCGGGUUUCGUCGGAUCCUUUGCCGGCGAGGAGCACCGACUGCAUCAGGUCGUCCCUUGGGCGCCGGUGCAAUGCCCGGCGGGUCUUCAGGCGCAGAUGGUGAAGUGGAUGCAGGAUUUGCGAAGCUCCAGGGGGAGGAUUUCGAGUACUACAUGCAGACAUACUCCAUCAUGCUGGGACGCAACAGCAAGAAAUCGACAGUGGAUGUGGAUCUCUCGAGCCUCGGUGGGGGUAUGAACAUCUCCCGCCACCACGCCCGGAUAUUCUACGACUUCCAGCGCCGCAGGUUCGCGCUCGAUGUCAUUGGCAAGAACGGGUGCCUUGUUGAGGGUGUCCUGCACCUCCCAGGAAACCCUCCUGUGAAGCUUGAUUCGCAGGAUCUGCUGCAGAUUGGGGACAAGAAGUUCUACUUUCUACUGCCAACGCGGUCCAUCUUCGCCUCAGCUGCUGCUGCUCGGCAUGCUCCUGUUAUUCCACCGCAGCUUCCUCCACCAUCAUAUGCACAUGCACGGGGGCCAGGCCGCCCUCGUUUGUCAGAGUUUCAUGACCGCUCCUAUGAAGCUGAUUAUGGUCGAGAGGUUGAUGAGAUUGGGAAUGGUAUCAGUGAAACUGGGAUGAGGGGAAAGCUGAUAAAGAGAAUCAAGAAGUCUUCUGUAGACUUGGAUAUCUAUGGUGGGCAUAGAAUCAAUGUGGAACCAAUAGGAACACUAGACAGUAGAUCAGACAUAAGAUCAAGGGGUGAAAGGGAUAUUGACAACCAACAAGCCCUUCAAGCAGAAGAGAAGGAUGUUGUGUCAUCUGUUGCCACAGUGUUAUCGGACCUCUGCGGCCCUGGAGAAUGGAUGCCCAUGGCAAAACUCCAUACAGAGCUUCUUGAUCAGUUUGGCAAUGUGUGGCACCCCAGCAGGGUCCGAAAGUACUUAACACAAGACGACUGGUCACCAACAGAGACGAAGGGCAGGCCUUGGUUUGGCCUUCUGGCGCUGCUCAGAAAGUACCCUGAGCAUUUUGUCAUCAACACAAGAUCGAAAGGUAGAAUGACCUCUGAGUUCGUUUCGCUGGUCUCCUUGCUCUCCUAGAGGGAACUAGGGGACCGGGAGGGGCAUGCUGAGGAAAUAAUAGGCACACUGGCUCCCCCCAUUUCCAGUCCGUGUUCAGAAGGGGCCGAGGUUUCGGCAGCUGUUUUGGACCCUGUUGUACUGUGUCUUGUGUGUUUGAGCAGCUGUACUGGUCCGUGACCAUCUCUGUAAUGUCGGCAGCAGUAUAUGGAAGCAUGAGUUUUAAAGUCUUAACCUAUGCUAGCAACUUAACAACAGCUCGAUUACCGUAUCCAGUAUGUAUAUCCAGUGUCAUGAUUGAAAUACUUGUAAACUAACUGUUGUCUGGUGUCCUCUUCUCAGCAGUUUUCUGACUUUUGGAAACUAA